ACACACACACACACACACACACACAGACAGGAUGUCCCCUCGCUCAGAAAUAUGAUGAACAGAGCGCUCACAGACACACAGACACAGUCUGGAGCAGGUGCAAUCACUCCGUGAGAAUGUCAGUGGUGAUGCUGAUAUCUCCCAUCCUCCUCGCUCUGGGGUUUGCAGGUGCCGAGGAGUGUACUAUGUAUGCUGCUGUUGGGAAGAACAAGGUGAUUGACCAUGGCCUGGAGUUGCUUGGACAGUCAUUUCACUUACGGUGGUCCCAUGACGAUAAGAUAGUUUACGACACCAGGAAGAAUACUAAGCCAAAACCCCAGACCACACCGAAUGGUUCUCUGUUACUAACUAACCUACAGCUGAAUAAUACAGGGCCUUACCAGGUCACCAUCUACGACAACGCGGGAAAACUCGUGUUAGAAAAAACAACUCACCUGUGUGUGCUCUUGCCUGUGUCUAAGCCACGUCUGACACACACCUGUACGGAUGCAUCUGUCAGUCUGAGGUGCGAUGUGGGGAACUCUGUGGAUGUUAACGUGGUGUGGAGCCGUAACAGACAAACACUGACAGGAUCCACUGACAAAACUCUGACAAUAACCAAGGCAAUGCUGAAAUCUGUAGACCUCUACGUGUGUACAGUGAGUAACAAAGCCAGUGAAGAGAAGAGUGACGAUGUUAACCCUGAAUGUGCAGAGGAUUCUUCCUCUACAGUGCUUUUGUUUGGGAUGAAGCUAUGGCUGAUGGUGGCGAUUCUGGCUGGUGGAGGUGGUCUGCUCCUCAUCCUCUUCGUCAUCACCUUGGUGUGUGUCUGCCAGAGCCGCAGGCGGCGCGCGAGUCGCAUAAAAGAAGAGGAGGAGAUGAGACUUGCGCCCCUCACCCAGCCCACGCGUCAAGCAUCCCUCCACCACCACCAUCACCCCCACAAGUCCCAGAGCCGAACCCGGCCGAAAAACAGAACUCCAUCACAGGCCACCCAAAACUCCAGACCAGUGCCUCGACCCAGGUCUCCACAGCCUAAACCAGAUGAUGCACCGCCCAUACCAAUUCCCAGGCGGACAGGACCCUGGAACCACAGGAGUUAGGUGUGUGUGUGUGUGGGGGGUCACACAAUGGUCACACAAUGGUUCAAACUUUGAUUGCAGCAGUUACAAAUAAAGAGCAGUGCUUCACCA